CCAUGGAUAGUUAAGUAGUUCACAAAGUAUUGGGUAUCUCUUGUCAGGAAUAGUAAUGAGAAUGGAAUCAGUUUUCAUUUGAGCAUUCAAGGAGAUGGAGCAGUGAGAAGCUUAAAAAACUUACUUAUACAUAUCUUUCUAGUUUUGGCUCUCCUUUUCACUAAGCGUUCUGAUUUUGUUUUGGAGGAAUUGUGCCUGCCUGCCCCAGUAGGUGACCUAACAGGUGUAUUUGGGGGGAGGGCUUACUCUUCUAUGACCUGUUUGUAAAUUAGAGAAUGCUUCCAUUUGCUUUGUCUGCUAUUGAAUUUUUCUCCCAUCUUUCCUAAGCUAAGCUCUACUAAUUCUGUAUAAAAGAAAUACUGAUUAGUUGGUUGUUAAUUUUUUCCAUAGAUUGCUUGCUAUUAAUGCCCGAUAAUAUGCAGUAAAUAAGGAUUCUGCAUAUCAGUUUAUAUAUGUCAAAUACUACCGACUCUAAGGUUCUUUUGAAAUACUAAACUCGGUUCACUUUUGCUUAGCCUUCACAGUUUUGAUCACAUAGCAUGGUCAUCCACUCACAGCUUAAACACAUACAGGGAGCAUCGGAGAGAAUGGGAGACACUACUCGGCAACGCAUCAAAUUCAGUGAUGACAGAGUGUGCAAGAGUCACCUCCUCAACUGUUGCCCGCAUGAUGUUCUCUCUGGAACUAGAAUGGAUCUUGGAGAGUGUCUGAAAGUGCAUGACCUGGCCUUGAGAGCAGAUUAUGAAAUUGCAUCCAAAGAACAAGAUUUCUUCUUUGAACUUGAUGCUAUGGACCAUCUGCAGUCAUUCAUUGCUGAUUGUGAUCGAAGAACAGAAGUGGCCAAGAAAAGAUUAGCAGAAACUCAAGAAGAGAUAAGUGCGGAAGUAGCUGCCAAGGCAGAACGUGUUCAUGAGUUAAAUGAAGAAAUCGGUAAAUUAUUGGCCAAAGUGGAACAGCUUGGAGCUGAAGGGAAUGUGGAAGAAUCCCAGAAAGUGAUGGACGAAGUAGAGAAAGCACGGGCGAAAAAAAGAGAGGCAGAGGAAGUUUAUCGGAAUUCUAUGCCAGCUUCUAGUUUUCAACAGCAGAAACUCCGAGUCUGUGAAGUCUGUUCUGCCUAUUUAGGUCUUCAUGAUAAUGACAGGCGACUGGCUGAUCAUUUUGGGGGUAAACUGCACCUGGGAUUCAUUGAAAUAAGAGAGAAACUUGAAGAAUUAAAGAGAGUUGUAGCUGAGAAGCAGGAGAAAAGAAACCAGGAACGCCUGAAACGAAGAGAAGAAAGGGAAAGAGAAGAACGGGAAAAGCUGAGGAGGUCUCGAUCACAUAGCAAGAAUCCCAAAAGAUCCAGGUCCAGAGAGCAUCGUCGCCAUCGUUCACGCUCCAUGUCUCGAGAACGAAAGAGGAGGACUCGGUCCAAGUCUCGAGAGAAACGCCAUCGCCACAGGUCCCGCUCGAGCAGCCGCAGCCGCAGUCGCAGCCACCAGAGAAGUGGCCACAGUUCUAGAGACAGGAGCAGAGAGAGAUCCAGGAGGAGAUCCUCAAAAGAAAGAUUCAGAGACCAAGACUUAGCAUCACGGGACAGAGACAGGCGUUCAAGAUACAGAUCACCUGGUGACAGAGACCGGAAAGAUAAGCCUUGGUCCUAUGAGAGCGCUAAUGGCAGAUCGGAAGACAGGCGGAGCUCAGAAGAGCGUGAAGCCGGGGAGAUUUGAUUAGCUGUGUCUACCCCAGCCCUUGAGCUCCCCAUGCGGUCACACACUCGGGCUUAGUUCCCAACUUUCCGGGUUGACUCUGAGCACUUCCACCCGCCGAACCAGCUAGGCUAGAUGCACAGUAUCUAACUUGUUCUGAACCAAACUUACCUUGAUGAAGCUUCAGACGACACCUGUAGUUUCUGGUUAGCCUGUGACACAGUUCUGAGAGCACAGUUUCAUCGACCGAGACAACCAUGUCUUGAGUCUCUAGCAGGAGUGAUAGUGAACAAAUUGUGUUACUUGCCGUGGGGAUUUUUGAACACUUGUAAAAAAGCAGUCUUCCUUUCUAGUUUCAACACAGCUGCAGCUUCGGGAAUUUUUCUUCUUCUUCUUUCUCUGACUUUUGUAUCCCCUAAUACCUCACAACUCUCAUUAUUUUAUUAAGAGAUAGGGGGCAGGGAAGCAAUACAUUUUCUGUUUCAAGGUUAUUAAUUAAUUACUAGCUGAUUACAGUUCAGAGCGUUUAUACUGGAAUAUGUACUGGAGAAAUUUUAAAUAUUUGGCAUUUUUUCUUUUUAUUUUAAGGUGCCUAUUUUGAUUUGGAAGCCGAACAGCUGCUGCAUUACAUACUUUGCUUUUUUAAUUGAAAAUUUGAAAUCAAACAUGUCUUGAUUUUUCUGUUCUUUUGAAUUGCUACAUUCAGGAUGUUGUGAAAAGGGGGUGGGGGCUGGGACUCUUUCUUAAGCACUUCACGUUUCUGGUGUUUGAAAUAUAAAAGCUACAACCUUAUUGUAAAGUAAUAAUAAUAAAAUGAAAGAAACAAUCACCA